AUGGGAGAGCGAGGCCGCCAGUCCACUCGGGAGCUGCCACGAAUGCGCGCGUCUGGCCCUCCGCCUCGGGACAGGCCCGCCGUUCCACCAACGGGGGGGGAGAGAGAAGCCGCGAAGAAGAAGGGGCGCGCCAAAGCAGAACUCACCCCCGCACACACACACACACCUCACGCGUCGAACCGCCCUCUGCUUUCGGAGUCGGCCAUCCCGUUGCCAAGGCAGCACGCAGAACGCCGGAAGAGGAAGCGCUCAACGUCCGCGGAAAAAGGGGGUGGGACCUGCGGGAAGGAGGCGGGACUCACGGCCGCGCGGUCGCUCCGCAUUCGCCCGUCUCGUUUCCAUGGCAGCAAGCAGAACGCCGGAAGAGAUGCAGGACCUCCGGGACCUCCUGAGUCCUUCUCCAGGGCUCGCCCGUCAAGGCGCAGGGGCGGGCAGAGGGUGGCCGCUGUAGAGGCAGGAGGGGCGCGCCUCCGGUGGCGGGCUGGCAUCCCCGGAGGGCUGCCCGCAGGUGGCGGCGCCCGGCGGCGGGCGGGGCCGGGGAAGGGGAGGGCUCGGCGCGCGUCCGGCGGUGACGGCAGCGCGGAGGGGAGGUGCGAAGCGCCCGCCCGCCCGCGGGAGCCAUGGCGAGAGGCCGCACCGCGGCGCCCGCUUCAGUCCCCGCGUCUGCAGCAGCUCCCCCGCUCGCCGCCCCGGGGCCCGCCAGGCCGCCGCCCCCGUGCGCCCCGAGUCCGUGACGUUCGCGCGCUUGCGAACCGGGCGUCCCCCUCCGAGAGGGGCCGCGCGCAGCAGGGUGGCGCGGGGAAGCCCGCGCGCAUCCUUAGCGUCCCUGAGAGUCUCGAGCACUCCGACGACCCCCACUUCACGUCCCGGCACCUCGGACCCCCGCCCUCCCACCCCACGAGUCCCGGAGCGCCAGGGCGACGGGCGGGCGGGCAACAGAAGGAGGAGAGCCAAGCAGAACCCCGGCGUGCGUGCCCGGUGCCGCCCGGCCGGCUACGGCGAAAGGAACCGGAGCGGCCGGGCGGCCAGGGCCGGGCUGAGUACGACCAAGAGGAGGUGGCCGGGAGAGCCGAGCGCCCGGGCGGCCCGCGCACCGGAAGCCCCCGGGACCGCGCCUGCUGCGGGGCCGCGAUCCGUGCGCCUCCUGAGGGGUAA